AUGGCAGCAUCAAGACUUGUAUCUUUGGCUGAAAAGAUUAUUAAGCCUAAUUGUCCUACCCCUUUUUCACUUGGGCGUUACAAUCUUUCUAUAAAUGAUCAAAUCAUGGUUCCAGUCUUCAAUUCAAUUGCAGCCUUUUAUCCUUUCCCCUCUAAAACACCACAACAAGUAUCCAACAUUAUUGAAAAAUCACUAUCCAAAGUUUUGUCCUCUUACUAUCCAUUUGCUGGAACACUAAGAGAUAACACUUUUGUCGAUUGCAACGACAGGGGAGCCAAAUUUACCAACGUUCGAUACGAUUUUCCAAUAUCUGAAGUCGUCAAUCUUCCAGACACUAGCCCUGAAUAUCUACCUUUUCCUAAAGGUAUACCUGGCGGUUUAACUCUAAAUGAGGAAAAUUUACUUUUUGUUCAAUUAAGCCAUUUUAAUUGUGGGGGAUUAGCUAUAGGUGCUAGCCUAUCACACAAAAUUUCUGAUGGAUGCACAUUCGCCAAUUUCAUUAGUGAUUGGGCUUCCAUAGGCCGUGAUGAUGAGAACGCGAAUAUACCUUCCCCUCAAAUGAUCGGAUCGUCUAUUUUUUCACCAUCCACUGAUUUUAUUCACACCGAUACUACUAUGGUUGAUGAAAUAAUUCACAAUCAACCCAGUGGUAGAAAAAGGUACCUAUUUUCCAAUUCGAAACUUGAGAUGCUGAAAAGUCAAGUGACAUCAGAAACAGGAGUGCAAAAUCCUACCCGACUUGAUGUGUUGUCUGCACUAAUUUAUAAGUGCGCUGCAACAGCAGCUCGAGCAAACUCGAGCUCCUUUAAACCAUCCUUGUUGGCACUAGCUGUGAAUUUACGUCCAAUAUUGGAUCCACCACUACCAACACGGGCAAUAGGGAAUAUGGUUAGUUAUAUCAAAGUAGUAACAAUGAGUGAGGAUGAAAUGACAAUCGGCAGAGUGGUUCGCGAGAUAAGGAAAGGUAAAGAUGAAGUGAAGAAGGAGGACCAUGUGAAGGAGAACAAGCUAGUGGCGCUUCGAUCUGAGUUGCCAUCGAUCAUUAAAGAAUUUGAAUUGUAUAAAGUUGGCAGUAUGUGCAAUUACCCAUUGGAUAAUUUGGAUUUUGGAUGGGGAAAACCAAGCAGGGUAACGCUUCCAGUAAUUGGGAUUGGAAACAACUUCAUUUUUAUCGAUAGUCCCAGUGGAGAUGGGAUUGAGGCAAUUGUUGCAUUACCUGAAAAAGACGUGACUCAAUUUGAAAAUAGCAAAGAGCUCCUCCAGUUUGCUUCUCCGUUAUCAUGA